AAGGCCAUCAGUGUCAAAGUCAAGUGGCUAAUCUGUCAAAAAUUGUAUAAUUUGUGAUUUGUAUUCAUUUAAUAAUUUGAUUUUGUUUUAAAAAAAACAAACAAGACAAAUAUCUAGUAAAGAAAAUGGAAAAUAUAUUAAGUAAUUUGAAUUUAGCUAUCAAUUCAGCCAAUGAACAAAAGGCUAUUGAGUGUUUAAAAACCAUAAUUAGUAAACCCGGUGAUUUUAUCAUUAUUGAAGUGGGACCUUUCAAGAAGCUACUGAAAAUCCCAAAUAAAUCACUACAAACUGUUGUCGCUGAAAGUAUUGCUGAAUUAUGUACUAUUGCAGAAAAUAGAAAAGUUUUUACAGAUGAAGAAGUUAUUAGGGAUCUUAUGCAUUUUAUUGAAUCAGGAUCAGAUGACUUAAUUUUUUCUACUGUAAGAGCUUUAGGAAAUAUCUGUUACGAUAAUGAACAAGGCUCAGAGUUAAUUAACAAACUAGGAAUCGAUAGUAUUCUUGAAGUAUUGCGUAGUGACUCUAAACGAGAUAAUGAUUCUUUAACCACUAAAGUCAGUGGAUUACUAGUCAAUCUUUUAAACACACAUGAUGAUCUCCCUAAAGCUGCUUUAAAUGGAGGUAUUUUACCUAUUGUUAAAACCUUGUUGAUAAAGUAUAAGCAUCAAAUAGAAAAAAAUAGAGUAGUUAUAACCUAUUUAUUAAGCAUCCUGAACCUAUUGACUGACUACUUAGAUGAUAAAGAGUACAUAUUCUCUGAAGAUCUAGCAAAGCUUGUUAUUGAUAUCUUUAAAGAAACAGAAAUACCAGACAUUGGUGUGUUGUGUUUAGAAAUUUUUCACCCUUUAUUGGAAAGAGAUGAUAUUAAAUUGGUUAUAGCCAAAGAGGGUGUAUGUGAACUUUUAUGCGAGUUAAUCGAAAAAUACAGGGAUAAGGUGAAUGACGAUGAUGGUAGAUCAGUUUUGAGGAUGGCAUGUGACUUUAUUGUAUUAACAUCUACAGAGGAUGCUUGUAUGAAUUUAUUAUACAAUGAAGGAAAAGGAAAGACAUACCAAAAUAUGCUUACCUGGUUAAAUUCUGAUGAUGCUGAUUUGUUAUCUACAGGAAUUUUAGCAAUUGGAAAUUUUGCUAGAAAUGAUUUUCAUUGCAUCCAAAUGGUAAAUGAUGGUAUUGCCAACAAUCUGAUUGAAUUAUUGAAAAAAUACAAUGAAUCUACCGAUAUUAAUGAUGUAAAAGUUCAACAUGCAUUAUUAAGUACACUUAAGAAUUUGGUCAUUCCAAAGGAAAACAAAGCUAAGGUUUUAAAAGAAGACAUAAUCGAAGUUAUGUACCCAAUGUUAAAACAGAAUCGUUUUAUGGUAGUUUUCAAACUGCUUGGGACUUACCGGAUGGUCAUAGAUGGACAACCAGAAGCUGCAUUUAACCUGUUGCUGAGGAAGGAUUUUAUAGAGCGGUUGGUGUAUUGGUGCUACAACUCAGACCAUUUAGGUGUCAGGGGAAAGGUACCGCAAAUUUUCUGUUCGCUGGUCAAGAAUUCCCAUUCCAGUUCUCCCUUCUCCACGUUUCUUUCUAUACCCGAUAGUACGAAAUGUAUCGUAGAGAUGAUUUCAUCGAAUCGCGGGGUCAUGCAGAACGAAUCCUUCCUUGCUUUAUGUAUUUUAGCGGUCGGUUUAAGUAACAAUGAAAAACAUGCCGGCGAGGAGAUGGAACGGUUUUAUAAAACAUUAUGCGAUUCAGAUAUCGGCAAAAACCUCAAUUUUGUAAUGAACAAAUACGGCGAGAAAUGGGAUCAACAUACAAUGGAAAACUGUCUAACCAUGUUAGAAAAUCUAGUAAAGUCUAGUCAGAUUGUCGUUCAUUUAAUGGAGAACAAUAUAUCGGAAUGUUUAGAAAAAUUAAAGAACAACGGAAACGCCAAGGAUAUCUUGACAAGAGUGGACAGUAUUAUUCAAAUAUUAACCAAAUAAAUUCAUUGUUUCGUUUUAUUUUUGUAUCUUUGUCUCGUUUUUGUUACUAUUGUUUAUGAAACUACCUAAGUGGUGACGUCAGGGUAAUUGUACCGUGUGCUUGGAAGGAAAUGAUAUCACAGUUGGUGUAAGAAUAAGUUUGAGUACUACUAUCUUUAUCGCUGAAUUAUUUUGACAGUAACUAAAGUGAAACAUUCAAAUUGCACUAAGUAUAAUACAUACCGGGUGCGUUUCAAAAGUGGCUCGCCCCUAUAACUGUUUUAUUUUUUCAGAUAAGGCCGAGGUUUGGCAUGUUAGUUGACGACA